UAACGUGCUAGAUAAGAUAUAAGUACAUGUUUUUGAAAGCAUUUAAUAAACUUAUAAGAAGCAAAUUUGAUUCAUUUUAUCAAAAUAAAAAUGCUAUAUUAAAGGGAACAGAUGUCAAAGGAAAUGUCUUUUAUGAAAAGGAAGUUAAUGGAAAGAAAAGAAGGUAUUUUGAACCUCUUAAUAAUAAGGAUGAAUAUAGUCCAGUUGAGCUAGACAUUGAAUGGGAAUCCUGGUUGAGAAACAAAAGAGAAAAUCCUCCGUCUAAAGAGGAAAUUAAAAACAGGAUAAAUGAGACAUUAAUAAUAAAAAAAAGAGUAGAAUUAUUAAAUAAAAAACAGAUCAAAAAAGAAAAUGAAUCACAAGGCUCGUUUCCAAAAUAUUCCGAUUUUAAAUAAGAUAUAUAUUUAAGUAUAUUGUAAUGUAUUAUACAUAUCGAAUUUUAUAAAAAACUUUACAGCGCAAACACCUAACCAUUUCUAUUUUUAAUAUAAUUUUUUUUAAAAAUUUUGUUACAAUUUUCAAACAAUUGGGUAGUAUAGGAUCUCAAUUGAUAUUAUAGAGCAAAAUAUUUAAGGAUUCAUAUAUCCUAGCCUUAGAUAAAUCAGCCUUAUAAUAUAUUAUAUAAAUAUGGGUUUAUUUUUCAGUAUAAAAAUAUUUUCAAAUUUUAUAAUAUAGUUGAUAUAAUAAAAUUGGCAAUUCAAUCAAAAUAA